AUGGAUUACACCUAUAUCCCACCGCUGCCGCAAGGUGGUGUGCAGAUGUUCCCGCCAGCCAGCAAUCAGACGAUGGACUACAUCAUGAAGCGUUCGUCUUUCAACUCACGACCUCUAUCUGAAGCAACCGAGAUUCAAGACCUCGACUAUGAGGCAGAGUAUUCCGACCCCGAAUCUCCACGAAGGAGUAUAGAGUCUUUUGGAACUGAUAGCGCUACUACUUUGUCGCUCUCAGAUGAACCACCAACCCCUGGUCCCUAUGAGGCCAGAUCCUUUGAUCUCCAAUCACGGCACCUAAGUAAACCGGUCCAGGGUCCGUCAGGCCCCCAUCUCUUUAGAGGAUCCAUGGACAGCUCGAUGCUCGAGAAAACUACCGUCGAUGAAUGGCAACUGUCGCUCUCUCCCGUAUCUCUAGAAGAUACUAAGAUUCCGAUUUGGGUGCCACAAGAACGAAGAUCCUCCGAGCCGGCUCAUAUAACCGAGAUUCCAAGGGCGUCCAGCAGUAUGUCCCAUCAGAAACCCAGCAGCUCGUCAUCAUUUGUCCAAAGCUGGACGCCAACCCAAGUCGCCGAAUGGAUGUACGAGGUGGGUGUGGAGGACAACCUGGUCGAACGCUUCAUCCAAAACGAUAUCUCCGGCGCCGUUCUUCUCGAUCUACACCUUGACGACCUUAAGGAGUUGGAUAUUCAGUCCUUCGGCAAGCGUCACUUCCUCAUGAACAUGAUCCAGAACCUACGGACGGCUUCUGAUCCUUCUUCCAUGCCGGAGCUUGCACGGGUUAACUCUUCCAUGUCAAACAGUCCUCCUCUUCCAAAGGUCGAGUCCCCAGAGUGUACCACAUCUGCGUCUCCUGACGGCGCUGUCAGACAUGGUCCGCCUGCUCCCAAACGACGUGGACGCCGCAACCGGGUUAUUUCCGAGGAUGAUAUCAUUUCACCUGCCGAAUCUGUUUCCAUCGUUGCUAUAGAACAGCUACUCCCCAAGCCACAUAAGUGUUCCAAGGGAGAGAACUGUACUAAGUAUCAGAAGAGACUGAGGAAGCUUGCCCGGAUUGCGAAGCAGUUUCCAAACGAGUUCACCCUCCUGGAUGGUGAACUCGUUGCCACUACAAAUCAAGUCGUCCCUCCUACUCCCGCCAUGACCCAAAUCAGCCGAAAGUCAGAUGCCGCGCCCUCUCUUGUUGCUUCGUCCGAUGUUCUUGGUCCAGGUCUACUUCCUGAUCUGCACUCCGAAUUACAGCUCAAUGCAGAGAACUUGAACGGAGUUAGGCCACGAGAUCCACAAGAAAAUGUCAGACAAUUUCUCACCUUCCAGCAUAUGCAUAGCUCGGACCCAGCCUCGUCAACAACAAAGCAGCCCUUGGAAAUGUUCCCGCCGCUCCCUUCUCAGGAACAACCCGUCCAUGUAUCAAACCAGCUCCGAUCUCUACCCAAACUCACCAUACCGAACCAAUGCCACUCCAGCAGCGAUCCAGCUUCAGCUCUACGCACGGUUACUCCCUCUAUGGGUGCACGAGUUGUGAAUUCGCCAACAGUAACACAGGAGUACAACCCAUACGCAUUUGAUGACAACGCAUACCGUCAGGGAACUCCGUUUUCUGAGAUGGAUGUCCCAGUCACAGCUCUUCCUGUUGAGCCCCUGGCCAGGGAAACCUCCCAAUCUGUACCUCCAGGGAUGAGAUACGGAAAUAUCUCAACCCGCCAGCAACAGAUACCCGAACCGCCUGCCCGGUCAAGGUCAACUCGACCUGAGCGUCAUCGCCGACACCCAUCCGUCAAUGCCAUGACGCCUUUGCAUGAAAUCGAAGGCCUCUCGCCAAUUGAGCACCCAUCAGAGAUGGAUGCUGCCAUCAAGCCACACGUACCUACCUCUCAACGUAGUGGCUCCUUUGGUUCUUCUUCAUCCUCAUCGACACAGAAGGAUCCUGACGUCACUCAUAGCGGAUGGAUGAAAAAGCGAAGGACCACCCGCCUCCUCCGUCAUGAAUGGCAAGACGCUCACUUCACCCUCAAGGGAACUGUGCUUGCCAUGCACAAAGACGAGUUUGACACCCAUCGUCACAGCAGGGCCCUCGAAUCCAUCGACGUUGACGACUAUGCCGUUGCCUGUUCGUCCCUGGCAUCCAACUCUAAGCUCACGGCAGCCUUCAAACGCUCUGUCCUCCGCAAGGCAGCCAAUCUCAACAGCAACGGCGGCUCGUAUAAGGGAAUGGACGAGACUGCCUUCGCCUUCUCCUUGAUCCCCGCCGCAAAGCCCACCGACCGCAAGUCAAUCUUCACUGCCAAUGGGAAAAACCACCACUUCGCCGUCAAGUCUCGCGACGAGCGAAUCAACUGGAUGCGUGAGCUCAUGCUCGCCAAAGCUCUGAAGAAGGGUAAAGAAGCAGGAAACGAGAUCAAGAUGAACGGAAAUUUCAUCUAA